AUGCGAGUCAUGGCCCGGUCCGCCCGGUCCGCUGGGCGUGUCAGGCAGCAGAUCGGCUCGCGGCAGCUUCUUGGGGCCCUUCUCGCCCAAUCUGCUUGGACAUGGCUGGCGCCGCCAGCGCCUGUGGCGAACACAGCGCCUGUGUUCAGGCGGUCAUGGCUGUUCGGCCUCGCAGCGUCCGCUGCCACCAUGCCUUUGCAGGCAGAGGCGCAGGUCAACGCCGGCCUUCGGAACCUGGUUCGCCGCUCUCGGCCCAGGCCAGAGACGGGCGUGCGCAUGAGCACCCUCGGAGUGAUGGAAGGCGAGGCGGAGGGGGACGGCGAGCGCUUGGUGGCAGCGGAGGUGCUGUCAUCCUCCGAGACACGCGUGACUGUGAGUUUUCGGACACCUUGGCCGGUCACUUCUGAUCGCACAUCCUCCUCGAAAGGGCUUGAAGUUAGAGGCAAGAGUGCCUAUGCCUUCCUUCAGGUGAUCCCAGGCGUGAGUGGAACAGCGACAACCGACCAGAUCCUGGACGCCGUGCUCAACAGCAGAGGCAAGUUCGGUGCCUACGGCGAACCCGGGGAUGUGAGAAUCCUGGAGGACAAGGAGCUGGCCAGUGGGCAGAGGCAAGUGUUGAUCAGCUUUACUUCCUAUUCGCCGCAGUCUGCCGAGUUCCAAAACCGAGCGAUCGUGAAAUCGACCACGGUCGAUGGCGAUGCGUUUGUGUUGGUGGGCACGGCUUUCGAUGAGAGGUGGCAGAAGGAGCCGCAGGUCGAGUCAUCGCUGCGCAGUGUAGUCGGCUCCUUCCGCGUGGACCCGUCCAAAGCGACGGAACGAUAG